AUGGACCCAAAGUCAAUAAGGCUAGGGGGCUCUCUUGAGGUGCCUUCUGUUCAAGAGCUGGCUAGGGAACAGUUAGGCACCGUUCCGCCGCGAUAUGUACGUCCCGUUCAAGAUCAUCCGAUCAUAUCUGAUAACUCCUCCUUACCUCAGGUCCCCAUCAUCGACUUGCAGAGCUUGCUUUCUGGAGAUUCCAAAGAUUUAGAGCUUGAAAAGCUACACCGUGCAUGCAAGGAAUGGGGUUUCUUUCAGCUGAUAAAUCAUGAAGUGAGCUCUUCAUUGGUGGACAAAUUGAAGAUUGAGAUUCAGGAGUUCUUCAAACUUCCAGUAGAGGAGAAGAAGAAGUUUGGGCAAGAACCAGGAGACAUAGAGGGAUUUGGACAGGCCUUUGUUGUAUCUGAGGAACAAAAGCUUGAUUGGGCAGAUAUGUUCUACAUUGUCACCCUUCCAACCUACUUAAGGAAACCCCAAUUAUUACCCAAGUUCCCUGCUCCUUUCAGUCCAUGGUUGGAAAAUCAACCUCUGAAGGUCUCCUUUGUGACCCACUCACUUCCAGCAGGUAGGUCAAUUACGACAUUGAGGUAA